AUGUCAGACUCGUCAGAUGCUGAGCAGACCCAUGUAAUUGGCGGUGAUGCGUUGCACUCAAUAAGAUUGUCAGGGUUUCUCCAGGAUAAUAGAGAUCAGUUACUUUUAAAUAUUAAACGUGAAUUCACGAAACCAUUGAUGGAGAUUAAUUACCAGCUGCUAUUAGGAAAUUUUCAUGAGUCGCGCCUGAAUGGAACAAAUCAAGAGUCAUUAUUGUCAGAAGUUUCAGCAGGGGGUUUCUCAAUUAGCGAAUUGUUGGUUGAGCUCUGCAAAUUCAUUGAGCUGGAAAUUGAAAAUACAGACCCGAGAUUAAAAGACGAAAAGAGUAUCAGGGGUAUAACUCAAAUUAUUGCUGGAGAUUUUGGUGAAGAAGUUUAUUAUAAUUUAUGGAAAUUUUGGUUUUUGGUUCCUGGAUCUUCAAACGUGGUUGAUUUUGAUGAUCUUGGAGGAUCAACUGAUCUGGUUGGAUCCAGUAUCAAUAAAGUGACAAAUAAUUUAGGAAAAAUGAAAUUCAUACCAUCAAAGAUUGAUCCUGAGUUAAUUUUCCUGCCUGUUAUUGAAAAAUUAGAAACAAAAAUAAAAAGAAUAUUGAAACAAAAAGCAAAUCCAUUUUCAUAUGUUGAGGUGUUAACUGAUCUCCUAUCAUCCAUUAAAAAGAGCUUAAAAGGAGAAUAUAGAGUUGCAAAAAAGAAAGAAUUUGAUUUGAAGUCCGAACAUAAUAAUAGAGUAGUGUCACCUCUUCUGGAUUUCAUCAAUUACCUUUUUGGUACAAAAUUGGCAUCCACAGGUAAAGAGCUUUCAUUUGAUUACCAAAACUUGCAAAACACCACCACCAGCAGAUUAGUUAAAAAAAGAUUGAAAGCACUAGAGUCAGAAUCAAAAAUAACAUUAUAUCCUGAUAUAACGUUGUUGGAUGAAAAUGAAAUCCAAAAUGGAUAUGAUUCAAACAUGAGGUACCUGCUACUCGAAUACAAAACACCCAGGAUUCUGAUAGACCUAAACAGCCCAGAACAUUUCAACAAAACUGUGAUCAACAAGUCCCUUAUUCAAACAUAUAGUUAUGCCUUGUGCAUCGCAGGCCAAAAGUCUGGAACAAUUAUUGACUUUGAAACGAGUCUAUUUAUCAAAUUUCCAAAACGUUUCACAGAAGAACCUCAAAAUAAUAGGAGAAGAAGAAGACAAAAUAAUAAUAAUAAUAAUGAUGGUGAUGAUCAAAGCAAUGGGAAACGCAAAUUGAUUGCUAACAUUCAAUAUUACAUUGUUGACGACAGCCAACUUUAUAAUCAAAGUGAAGAACCAACUUUUGACCAAAAAUUCAAUUCUAAAAUACUCUUGGCAACAGAAAUUUACAAUCAGUUUCUUGAGGAUGAGGAAGAGCCAAAAAAAUCUGAUCAAAAAAGGAGAAAACUGAAGGCUAGUUCUCUGAUAUCAGAUACUGCUUCUUUGGAACAUCUGGAUGAAACCAAAUUGGAGUUUAACAAGAUUGACGCACUCCUGUCAAGAACCAGAAGUGAGCUAGUUGAAAGUGAAUAA